GGCACAGACGUAGAGUGGUUCGAGAACGGAACGACGGCUAAAGGAAGUGGGGGACAUGAUAACAAUAAUGCAUCUAUCAUGACGCUUUUUGGACAUCGGUAAUAACAGCGAGCUUGUCGGAGCUUGGCACUAAAGUAUCGUUACGCACGACGGACAAUACAUGAUUUGUUUCCGGUGUGCGAUUCUCUUAAAAAAAAAAGUACACUCAGAAGCAGGAUCGUGCAGUUCUUCCUGUUGCCAACUCGGUGGAUAUAAAGUUCUUAUGGAAUAUACCGACUUGUACAAUUGAGACAUUGUAUAUCACCACCGGGCGAGACAGCAAAUAUGCAUACAGUUGGGCAAACGGAUGUGAGAUUUGUUGACAGAACGCAUAGAAGUUUCGUCCAGAUACCGUUGGUCGUGCUGUGGGAUUAGGGCGAGUUGGUCAGCUUUGAAAUUUGCGGUAAAGCACGGGGUUCGCCUGACUGAACGCUCCUUUCCUGCUAUUCUUCUCGUCUUUUCAGCGCUUCCUGCUUAUGACGGCCACGGCACUUAAUGGCUAAAAAUACAGACCGCUCUAAAUGGACAACUAAAUGGAGUUGAGCUCUUUUGUUGAGGUUAUUAUUGUCCAAUGUUCUGGAUAUUUUACAACCACCUGAUGCUAAUUGUAGUGACUGAUCCAUCCAGUUCUCUGCACAGUCUUGGUUUUGUUAUAAUGGAAUAAGUUCCCCUUUAUUUCAAAUUCCAAUCUCAGCACAUACUCAUUGGUUAAUAUGUGACUGUGUGGUAUAAUAAUAGAGUAAUUAAGUGAGCUAUGUGCUCAAACCACACAUUGAAACACCACAAGUUAAGUAUCAACUUGCUUUAUGGAGACAAUUCUGCCAUUUGACAAAUUGGAACACUUUGGCAGAACUGGUCACAUCCAUGGCCUUUGUUUGAUCGUUGCCAGCUCCAAUGGAAACAUAAGCAGUCCAUGUCGAGUCGUAUGAGAGGCGCUUUUUAUCCUGUUAUCUGUGACCACUGUUGUGUUCCUGUUGGCCAGGCCUUUGAACGCAUUUCACGGGUCCCUGAUGAACCAACUAGACACAGAGGAACGGGAGAGUGGCGCAAUAAAGUACUCUAUUGUGCUUUAUUUUGGAAAAUCUAACCCAGUGUCUGAGCAUUUGCUCAUUGCGGCUCCAUGGAGCCGCUGAAGACCAUUUUUACCCGCGGCCCACUGUCGAACUGGAAAGGUUUGGAUCAAUCGCAAAAAGGUAACUUCACCAAUACUGUGUGGACGGCUUUAUUCGACUAUGAGGCGUCCGGUAAAGACGAGCUCACCCUCCGCAAAGGUGACCUGGUGGAAGUCCUGUCGCUGGACUCUGAGAUAUCCGGUGACGAGGGCUGGUGGGCGGGCAAGGUCAACAACAAAGUGGGCAUCUUCCCCUCAAACUACGUGUCCUUCAAGCCACCUUCAUAUGGGAAACUGCAGGGCACUGGGGUCGGGGAGCUUGGGCCAGCCGUGGUGGGGGAGUUCGAACCCGAGGCUGUGGAUUUCAGGGAGCUGAGCCUCGAGGAGGUCAUUGGGGUCGGCGGCUUCGGCAAGGUGUAUCGCGGUACGUGGAGAGGUGGGCUGGUGGCCGUGAAGGCGGCUCGCCAGGACCCGGACGAGGACAUCAGCGUGACGGCCCAGAACGUGCGUCAGGAGGCCCGGCUGUUUGCCAUGCUCACUCACCCCAACAUCAUCGCCCUCAAAGGGGUUUGCUUACGGGAACCCAACUUGUGCCUCAUCAUGGAGUACGCAUCCGGUGGCGCACUGAGCCGAGCAUUGGCCGGGCGGCGCAUCCCGCCCCACGUCCUGGUCAACUGGGCGGUGCAGAUCGCCAGGGGCAUGCUCUACCUGCACACGGAGGCCAUUGUUCCUGUCAUCCACCGUGACCUUAAGUCUAACAACAUCCUCCUGGCCCAGCCUAUGGAGAAUGAUUGUAUGGAAGGGAUAACCCUGAAGAUCACAGACUUUGGCCUGGCGCGGGAGUGGCACAAUACCACCAAGAUGAGCACGGCGGGCACUUACGCCUGGAUGGCGCCGGAGGUCAUCAAGUCCUCCACCUUCUCCAAGGGCAGCGACGUCUGGAGCUAUGGUGUUCUUCUGUGGGAGUUGCUGACAGGAGAGGUUCCCUACAGGGGCAUAGAUGGUUUGGCUGUGGCCUACGGAGUGGCUGUUAACAAACUCACCCUCCCCAUCCCCUCCACCUGCCCAGAACCCUUUGCCAUGCUCAUGGCAGAGUGCUGGGAUCAGGACCCACACCACAGGCCCAACUUUGCCUCCAUCUUGGUUCAGCUGACGGCUUUGGAGAGGCAGGUGGUGGAGGAGAUGCCUCAGGACUCCUUUCAUUCCCUACAGGAGGACUGGAAACUGGAGAUCCAGGACAUGUUUGAUGAGCUGCGGGCCAAGGAGAAGGAGCUGCGUUGUCGCGAGGAGGAGCUGAAGCGCGCGGCGGUGGAGCAGAAGUCCCACGAGGAGUUCCUCAGGCAGAGGGAGCAGCAGCUGGCCCAGUGGGAGCAGGAUGUGUUCGAGAGGGAGCUCAGUCUCCUCAUCCUGCACAUGAACAACCAGGAGAAGCCCAACGUCAAGAAGAGGAAGGGAACCUUCAAGAAGCACAAGUUGAAGGGCAGCAAGAACGGAGAGAAGAUCAGCAUGCCCCAAGACUUCAUCCAUAAGAUCACAGUGCAGGCGUCUCCAGGGCUGGAGAAGAGACGCAACUCUCCCGAUCUGGGCUCCGGCACCUCUCCCUCCUUCGGCCCACGCUUCCGAGCAAUCCAACUGAGCCCCAGUGAGAACAACAGGGCAUUUGGUCUGAGCUCUAUGUGGCCCCUGGAGGGCCCUCCACACAACAAGCAGGCUAAUGGGGACCGGCUGGGCCCUCACUGGAGGCCCCAGAGCCCAAAGAGUCCCAAGAGCCCCAAAGUCCUUCGCUUAAGCCCCCAGGAGAGCAGUCUUUCAAUGAGAGCCAAACUCCUGGAUAUGGACAGCAAUGAGAACGGAGACUCCAAGGAUGACUUUGAGGAGUACAGACCCUCCACGCCACAGCCUGCCCAAAACGGCUCCUCAGUGAAGGAGCCCCCUAGGCCUUCUCUAUCUCAUGGGGACUCGGGCAGUGAGGAGGGGCUGGAGGGGAGUUCCCCGGCCGGUUCCCCAAGGCCCGAGCACCGCUCCCUGGGAGGCCUGCUGAGGAGCACCCACCGGGCCCUAUUGGGAGGAGGCUCUCUCCUGGCCUCCGUGGCCCUGGGACGACACUUGGACGUGCCACACAUCCCCCCCAGGGUGCCCCCCCGGACUAACCCCCACCACCACCCCCCACAGGAGGUCAACAUCACGGCCCCCAAAGUCCCCUCCUCGGACCCCCCUGUGGUGGAUGACCUUAUAACCUUCUCCAGCUCGGAGCCCCUACCCCGGCCCCUCUUUGACUUCCCCUGCGCCCUGCACGCCCCUGAGGUGAAGCCCCUGCCCCUCACGCCGCCACCCCCUAACCCCCGGGAAAGGGCCUGCCACAGGCAUGCCCAAGCCCUCCAGAGCCCCCAGGCCCCCCGGAGCCUCCAUCACCAGACCCAGGAACAGGCCAGCCCAGGAGAGUGGGUCUGCCACAGGCAUGCCCGGAGUCCCCAGCAGCAGAGCCAGGUCCUGGGUCAGGCUAGCCCAGCGGAGUGGGCCCCUUCCCCCCACCACACCAACGGGGUGCCUGUCUGUGACGCCUGGGGCCACGGGGCGGACAGGCGGAGGAGGUCCAGCCAAAGCCUGCUCUCAGCCUCUCAACUAGUUUUAGACCUCCCCCUUUGCCAGGACAGUCUGGAGUCAGAAGACAAGCCCUCUGCAGUCCCCUUCUCCCUGUUCCCUGACCCUCGCCUCUGGAGCCCUAAAACACGUCGCCUGGAGGUCAACGUCGUCCCGCGCCCGCGCCCCUCCCCCAUCCGACCCCGCAUUGACCCGUGGAGCUUCAUCUCAGCCGGGGGCGGGGGGUAUGGUGUUGUCCAGGGGCCCCGGCGGUCAGACUGCCACCUGCUGGGGUACCAGCCUUCGCCAACUAACCCCUUCACGAACUGUGACCCCUUCCCCUCCCCGGACUGUGACCCGUUCUCCCUGAGGGCCUACCCAUCGUCAGGCAUCACGCGCGACACACCGUUGCCCUUUGACCCCUUCUCUGCGCCGUUUCCUACCUCCCGCUCAGCACCUUGCUCCACCAACGGGUCCCCGACCCUGCCCACAUUCCGGGUGGCACCCCUGAACCCGGCUGACUCACCGCUCAUUGACCUGGGCUGGGCUGCUGCGUGCGGGGUCGGGGUCAAGCCCCUGGAUGUCACCAAAGAGAAGACGCGACCCAGGAAGACUCUAGGACUCAAGCCCUUCAAGUCUCCUACGCAACUCCGAGACGAUCGCUUCUAAACUAAACCCCCAACCCCUAAUCCGACCCCCCCCCCCCCCCCCCGGGAGGGCCGGAGCUUGACUUUAUCAUAAGAGUUUUUACAGACAUUCUUCUUCUUUUUUUAGGAAUCCCCCCCCGCACCCUAAAUGGACGGAGUACAGGCUAUGUAUAUCCUGUGUUAGGAAUGAGUCCUUUUCAAAACAAAAAUUUCUCCUGGAGUGGUUUUGACUUGUCCUCCAUGUUGCCUUAGAAACCAACCAGGAAGCUAAUCCUGCUAGCCAUCUAGCCAAGUGACAAUGGAUUGUUGGAGUGGGAGCCCUGUGCACAAGUACCAACGCCUUUUAUUCCAAACAAAGGAUUCCUCUCUCUCUCUACUCUCCUCUCUUUUCUCUUGCUCCCUCUCUCUCGUUCUCUCUGGAGAGUCAGAUCAGUGAGCAUCUCCAGACUCAAUCAGACGCCUCCCUAUCUCCCCCACUCAUUUCUCUCACUACUUUUGAAGUGUCUGGAAACAGUGGCUCGCUUUAUCUUUCUGUAUCCUCCCUAGCUCUGAAAGCAUCCUUGUCUUGAGUGGUGAACCUAAUUCAGGACCUAUUUUCGAUGAUUUGGCUUAAAUGUGCAAUGGACUGGGAGCUACGUGAUGAUGAAAGUCUUACCCUCUAUAAGCAGAGUUGUCUCUCAAACAUUUGACUCUCUUUGCAAUAGACUGUAGGUGGGUCAACGUGAGAGAGCACUUCAAGAAUAGCUACAGAGGCGCCAUAAAUUCCUUUUAAACUUUUCUGCAUAAAGCAAAAGAAACGCAGGGCCCAGGCAUUCCACUAGGAAGCAGAUAACAUUCUGACGACAUUCCCAGAAUGCGACUGAUUUGUUUAGCAGGUUGGCAGGUGACAAAGCAUCAGGAGACGAGUGCCUCGGCCCACAUUUUUAUACAUGUCCCUCCCUACAGUAUAGCAGAGUGGUAUGACCUAUAACCUUAGCCCCUCACAUUUUUCCAGUAUUAUGUACCAGGAUUGGUUCUGUCCGGUAAAUCUGAUUGGAUUAAAUCCAGGAAGUGACUAAUUGGCAUGUUAGGAGGUACGCUACAGUAUAAUAGCUCGCAAACAAAUUUAGUUGAGACCCCCCCCCCCCACACACACACACACAAAAGCCAUGUCAUUGGAAUACAUUGGCUGUUCCAUUCUAGGGGAAGAGAAUCGACCUGCGUGGCAAGAUUUGCGAUUAGUCUUAAUAACUGUGCUGACGAACCGGGUGAUAAUAUUUAAUUAGGGUUGCGAUAAAGACAGGGUUAAUUGAAUGAAUAUGGAGAUAUGCCUAAUUAAUUACUUUCCUCCAACAUAAAGUUUGUAUUUAAUGAGUCAGGAUCUGAAAUGAGAUUUAAGUGGCACUGUGCAUUUUAGUGGAUUCCAUGGCAGGAUGCCCCUUCAAUGGGAUGGCAGAUAAUUUCCUGGUCAUGUGACCUGACCGGGGGCCCAGAGUUCUUACUUCCGGGUCAGGUCACAUAGUCAAGGCCAGGAGUUGUUCUUGACUAUCAUUCAUAUCCCACUUGUUCUCAGGUCAGGCUAACUGCUCUUCUCUUUAGCCAAAGAGAUUGGGUCUGUUAUUGACUCGUGCCAUUGGCUAACAGACUACUGACUGGACUGUGUCUCAACCUAUAAGGUGCCUCCCCUCUCUACCUCUCCCCUUAUUGCACAUAACUACUUAGAGACCUAUCACGUUUAAUCCAGAUGGUCAUUCUUACUGAGAUUUGUUUGAGAGGCCUAUCUGGUUUAAGACUACAGCAUGUCAUCCCACAUGUCUCCCUCACUAUUACAUAUCAGAUCAUGAACAGAAUGUGAGCAUUUACUCCAGGAGCCGUGACAUGCACUAUGGCAUUUCAUUUGUGGUUCAACUGAGGUUAACAGAUAUCGGCAUUGAGGUAAACCGACACUGAGCCUAUAAAGACAGUGCAACUCUCAGUAGUGAUGUAGUCAUCGCCAAAGGACAAGGAAAUGGGCAAGAAUGUGACAUAUUUUGGAUUAUAAGAGCAUCUGCAAACAAUAAUUGUAUUCACACUCAUCAUAGUAUUACAUAUUGGCAUUUCAAAACGUCCCUUUCACAGGUUGCUUUGUGUAUUUGUAACCCUGUGACACUUUGAUUUAAGGCUUUAAAACACAAAAAUACACCUUUUUAUUUCCCUGACUUAAGGGUCUAAACCGACGUGUCGUGCAUGUGCAUCGAGGAAGUAGUGCACUUCUUUGGACCACAGCCUAUAAGGUCUCUGGACUUAAGUAGUGCACUAUAUAGGGCAUACAGUGCCAUUUGGGGACGGAGAAACUGUCAGUAAACAGAAAAUGAAUACAGAGCUCCUCGGCUCUGGCCCCCUGGCUUUUCCAUGUCCCAUCCCAGUCGUCUAAAGCAGUGACAGGUGUGUUAUUGCUUACAAUACUAAUCCACACAAGACCCCUGCGCUAUAACCUCGUCAUACAAGUCGACAGGCGCUACAUCCUCCCAUCGCCAUUAUGGGGUUUUGUGUCGCAGUUACAGCCGGCCCCUGCAAUUCCCAUAGCGACAGGAUGAAACCGAAACUGAUGGUCGCAAUUGUAGCAAGAGUUUUCGGUAUUGCUGCCUGUCUGUCACGUCAAGAGUCUAGGCCCUAGCCCUCAUAUCCGACUCAGUACUUCAAGGUCUAUUCUUUAGACUUUGAUUUCCCUUAGAUGCCACGCUGUCAGUCAGUUGGAUGCGUCAAAGUCCUCAGAGGCUAUAGUGUCGUACACAGAGAACCCAAAAUGUGCUCAACUUAACUUCUUAACUGUUGUGAGGUUGUAUGUUUGCCCUACUAAGGGCAGAGUCACUAUACACUUAUGUGACGAUCUUGUGUAGAUUAUAUCAGUUUGACUAUAUUUUAUCAUCUUAGGUCAAAAGUCAGAGUGAUCCAUUUGAGGAGUGUGUUUUGAUUUUGGCAAGCCAUCAGCCAAACCGAUACAGUGGAAUCAACCCUUCGUUUUGGAUCCUCUUACUACACUGAUCCUGUAGUGAGAUUGAAAAUCGACAAUUUUCUUGAAGUAACUCGCUGUUAGGAGCUGAACUGACGUUCAAAGACGACGACCUUGCGAAUGACCUUUUGUGGUUGUACAAAAACUUCAGAUUCACUCAUCUCUGGAUAGAAUCAAAUAAACCUCAGGUCCUUGGCCUGUUCCCCUCUGUUUCGCUUCAUGGUCUUCUAACCCUGGUCACAGUGGUGACAGGUUUUUGGACAGGAGACUAGAUUCCUAGAACGCUGUCGGGUCGCUCUGCUGCCCGUCCCUAGAUUGAUGCGGAUGACACGCGGCGUUCCAAUAAAAAUACUUGUGACGAGUUGUUUGUGACGCACUGCCCUUUCAGGCAUUGCCUCAUCCGUCAUCAGGAAUCAAUGUCCCCAUCCGGGCUGACAGGCCAAAUGAAACAGAGCUUUGCAGAGGAGGAGAGGAAGGUAAACCCAAUAGACCAUGUUACGACUACUCGACUACAAAUACUGGCUUCAUUCAGGCUUACUUUGUCCAUUUAUGUCGAGCUUUGAAGCGUGUCAGUUAUUAACAUUAAACCAAAUCACUGAAGCUAUUUUACUUUCCCAUAGCAAAUCGCCUCGUGUCUACUACAUCAAUUUCUUCCGGCUCUUGUCUCCUUCAUGGUUAAUGGAGACUUGGGGUCAGGCGCAGCUCAUUUACCCAGUGUCCUCGCUGCUUACCUGGACUGAAUGAAUCAGCUGUUCAUUCAAAUAAACCUGAUUAAGGACUCCAUUACCAUCCUUUUGUACCCAGCUAUUAUCACCAGAGGGGGGAUUAUUUCUCUUCGUGGACCGCAUUAAAAGGCAACACCUGCCCCUGUCUCUUUGUUCUGCAUGAUGUCAUCAAACAAAAUGAUUAAAAUGACCUUUACGAACUGUGGCGAGACAAUGGCCUCUAGGGAGCCAACUACGUGUCUGUCUGAGUCUAAGCCAAUACCAGGUGUAGCCUAGUUCUGAAGCUAGCUCUUAAGCGUAAACAUUAUUUCUCAUCCGUUUCGGUCUGAACACUCGAGGUCACCAUCUGUUGUCCUCUUGUUCAAAUGAUAACACUUAAAGGGAUGGUUCACCCAUAUUACAAAAUGACACAUUGCUUACAGGGUAAGGAAACCAGUCUAUGGACAAGGUAUGACCGCAAUCCAUACCUUGCUUUUUAUUUGGAAACAGCGGCUACCCAGAAUUCAGUUUAGUUCAUGGAAGUGUGAGGAAACGAUGCAUGGACCAAUCUGUGUGGUUAUUUAGUUCCAAGGUCUAAACGACUAAUUGUUUCACCUGAAGUACUACUUUUAUUUUUGAAUCGACCCUGUGCCAAAGAGACGUUCCCUGUACACAAAGCAUACGGAGCACAGAAUUUGAAUCUCUCUCUUAUGGAACUGUCAACAUUUUUAAGACGUUGAUGGAAAGGGAACAUUAUCCAGUCAACACUAAUUAGACCGAAUCAGAUCAAUUAAGUGUCUGAAUACUCUUUUCCUUGCCCUUUGCUGAAUUUGAAUAGACCUCAUUACAUGCUGACAAGGUUAAACGUUGCUAUCAGAACAACCUAUAUAAGAAAAAAGAAAAGAAAAGAACUUUGCUAUUCAAGGUAUUUGGGGGUAUUUGUAGUGGGUGGUCUAUUUCAGGUGCUGCUUCAAUAACGUUUUGAAUUGAAUUCAAAUUCAUCAGAAAACAAGCGGCCGAUUUGAAAAUAGAACGGUGCAAUUCCCUGGGACUUUGUGGAAGAACACGUGGGACUCCCACUCAGAGAAUCACAGUACUGUUUAGCACUCCUUCCUGCUGUGACCGGCUCCCAUCAGCUUACAAUGGAGUUUUAUAUAGGGGGACAAAUGAGAGGAUAUAUUUAUAACGGCCCUUUUUUUACACACUGGACUGAAAACAUUUUGAAGAGGGCCAGAGACAGAGUCUACAUUAGGAUGCUUGAUUGCUUCAUAUAUUUUUGGGCGACCUGGUUUUUAAUUUGUCUUUUUUUUUUGUAUUUUACUUUAGGUCUUCACUGGAGUAUUUAAGAUAAAAACAGUAUGGGUGCUUCACCAGGGGCGAAUCUUAACAUUCCUGCUUCCAAAUUGAACCAAAAACGGUUUUGUAUCACACACAUCUCUCUAGGCAUCCCAGUAUUUCUUUGUAACAGAAAAUCAAAGACUACUUUUAUACUAUAGUUAGAUCAUCAAAAAUAUAGUUGAGAGAUAUAUCCUCCUGACAUUGAACAAGAUCCCAAACUGAGAUCCCUUCGAUAGCACCCAUACUGUGCAUAGAACUGCUAUCUACCUAGACAUAGAUGAGGUCUUCAAGUUUCACUGAAACAAGGUUUGACAACGGUGGACAUUUUGUGACCUCCUCCCUGUCUUUGUAGACUAUCUAUUUGCUUUGUGUUCUGUUCAACAUUCCUUUCUGAAUCAUUUUUUGUUUGUUUCAAAAGCAUAUGUUAUGUCAGUGUUUCUUAACCCUGGAUUUGGAAACAGUGGGCUAUGUGAUGAAAUGUUGCGUUGCCUCAUACUGCAAUACAACUUCCAGAUUUGGUUUCUGCUCGUAUGAGCUAGGCUGUUUUGUCGUUAGGCUUUGCGAGGAUGUUGUCGUUCAUUGUGUUGUGUGUUUGUGAAAUUUCGCACUGGGCUGGGCCUAAUCAAAAACUCUUUUGUUGUUUGUGCGUCAGAGGCGUGUAUGUGAGAGAAUGUGUGUACUUGUCUUUUUUGUUCUUGACUAUUUUUAAUUGGGUUUAACCUGUGAAAUACAUCAAGGAAAAACUCAAAGAAAACGAGACCAAAUAAAAUAUAACAACCUUGA